AUGCGACCGUUACUGUGCGUGUUACGCGUAGGGUUGUCCGCCUUGUUUGCUGGCGAGAGGGGGGCGACGGCCGACGACGUGAUUCAUUUCUUAGCGGAGGCAGCACCUGAGGCUACGUCACGGCUCCUCAAGGCUGGCCUAGCCGCUGCGACCCACCAUAGCUCUGGUGAUGGGACCCAAGGGCCUCAUCAGCCGCCUGCUCGACUCCAGACCUGCAUUGCCUGCCCCACUCCCCCUCCUCUCUUCCCACUCUCCUCCCCCCAGUGCCCCACGAUAGCGCUGGUGAUGGGUCCCAAGGGUCUCAUCAGCCCGCUGGUCAUGGGACCCAAGGGCCUCAUCACACCCAAAUGUGAUGACUCCGGUUGUGGAUUGUCGGCUCUCCUCGCACCCAAAUUCAAUGACCUCCCCACCAUAGCGCUGGUCAUGGGGCCCAAGGGCCUCAUCAGCCGUCUCCUCGCAUCUAGAUUCAAUGACGUCAGUCCUGCGGAUCUUCGCCCCACCAUAGCGUUGGUCAUGGGUCUCAAGGGUCUCAUCAGCCGCCUCCUCGCACCCAAAUUCAUCGGCGUCUGUCCUGCAUUGUUUAGCCCCACCAUAGCGUUGGUCAUGGGUCUCAAGGGUCUCAUCAGCCGCCUCCUCGCACCCAAAUUCAUCGGCGUCUGUCCUGCAUUCGCACUGGACAUUGGGCCCAAGGGCCUCAUCAGCCGUCUCCUCGCACCCAAAUUCAGUAAUGCACAGCGCGCUGCUCGUAGCGGCACUACGAACGAUGGUGGGGUGGAGAAUGCUACGGCUUCAUCUCAUCCUUCCGCGCCUCCUUUGCCCGUCGGGGGUGGUGGUGAUGGCGAAGGCAUACUCUCUACUUCUUCCGUGCCUACUCUGCCCGUCGGGGGUGGUGGUGAUGUCGAAGGCAUACCCUCUACUCCUUCCGUGCCUCCUUUGCCUGCGGGGGGUGGACAUCAUGCAAACGGCACCAUGUCAUUGCCUACAGCGUCACCGAGCACGAUGAAUGGCAUGCCAGAGGACAGGUGA